ACAAAAUAACAAAAUAUUUUCCUAAAUUAUAAGUUUGAGGAAUAUAACAUUGACUGCUAAUUAUCUUAAUAUAACACCUCUCCUUUUUUUUCUGAAAAGGAGUAUUAAAUAUGAGAAAAAACUUUGGCCAAAAUGAAGUUCCUGUCUUCAAAACCUAUGAAGAAUUUCAUAAGACAGUUCUUCGGUCAUUUGAAAGCAUUUCAAUUGUACUGAACAUAGAUGGAAAAAUUGUUUUUAUAUCACAGAAUGUAUCACCUCUUCUUGGCCAUCGACCAGAAGAUAUUGUGGGGAAGACUUUAUUAAAUAUUCUUCUUGAUGAGGAAAAAGAAGAAAUAUCUCAGAAGGUCAUUCUUAAUCUUCCUUUGGCAAAGUCAGUUGGCAACCUUAUUGAAUUUUGCUGCUAUGUAAGAAAAGGAAAUGCCAGCAGGGAUGCUCUGGAUACAUAUGGUUACAGGAACAUGUACAAAGGCAGGGACACAUAUGAGUAUGUAAAAUUCAUCUUGUACCUGCAGGAUUCUUAUGACGAGUCAUUUGCAUUUUUUGGAAACUAUGGUCCAAAUAGCAGAAGCAUUCAAUCAUCAACUCCAACAAUGUUAUGGGAUCAGCAGUACUAUCUUGUGGGAACCAUUUCAGUUCUUUGUACAAAGCCUGAAUCAAAAAAUCCUGUUGAAAUUCAACCCACUGUUAUAGUUAUUGAAUCGGAUGAUGACUCUGAUAUACAGCACCGCAGGCUUCGAAAACGACGCAAGAGGAAGGGAAUUCAAAGGAAUCGCAAGGCUAAAUAUUUGAAAACAAAGCAUCCUGUAUCAGUUAACGAAGUUGAGAUUAUAGAUAUUCAACCGGCUACUCGACAAAUUCCAUUUGAAUUAGUUCAGAUCAGGCCACCAUCUCAAUCAAGUACAUGCACAAUAAUAAGUCUAGAUACAAGCGAGAGCACAACAACAAGCACUUCAUCCAUAGAAUUUUCAGCAGCAUCGUUUUCAUCAGGUUCUACAUUUGGACAAGGCUCUAUGAUAGAUCCAAAGUACUUUCAAGAUCCCAUGGACAAAGAAUUUGAAGUAGCUCCAGAAUUUCUUCUCAGUGACAGCGAAGAAGAACAGGCUUCUCCAGAACAAAGAGAAUGCAGUAAUGAGAAUGUGAAGAAACCCUUGGAAGAGGCAACGGGCUCUAAUCGAAAAGACCAUGUUAUUCAUGAAGUGCCUGGUCCUUCAGAUGAAGUUUCCUGUGUGGUACUAGAACAAAUUGAAGUUAACAAAGACCCUAAAAUCCAAGAACCCAUCGUGGACCAAGGACAAGAACAUCAAAAGAUAGUUGAGACAGCCCCAAAGUGUACAAGCACAGUAGUACAACCUGUGCACCCAAAGGCAUUGGUGGAACCUAGGGUGCGCAGAGAUUUGCCAGCCACUGUUGUAACUGAGCCAAGAAGACCACGUCACUUCCAGCGUCCACUUUUGGGAGAAAGGUUUGCCCAACUCUGUGGCCCACGGGUGAGGACACAGGUCUAUGAUUUGAGUAUAAGUAGAUCCUUCCAUGAGGAACCAACUUCUUACAGAGAUAUUGAAGAAGAGGAGAGGGAACAAGAACAAUGUGUAUAUGAGUUGGCUCAACGUAUUGAGAUGCUUCGCAAUUUACCAUACCAACGGCCGAUGGCACAGCAACAGAUGGGGCAAAGACAAGAAAAUCAGGUAUAUCGGCCACGAGAUCAGGUGGUAACCGUUACUAAUGACCUGGGACGACUUCCCACUACUUCCUUUGGAAACAAUAACUCUGCACAUCCACGAAGUGAGACACAGAGAUUUUGUGCUGAUAAUGCCAAUCAUACUCCUCCACUGCUGUAUCGCCCAUUGGCAAGGCCACGUCAAACAACACCACUGCCAUAUCAACCAGUAGCAGAGACAUAUCAACCUCUGGCAGCAACCAAUCACUCAGCAGCAGCAGUGACAAGUCACCCAUCUGCAAGUUCACAACACCCAUUAGCAAUGUCACAACUUGCCUCUUCUAACCCCCGAAGAGAGAAUGGGCCACACUUGAUUCAGCCUGGUCAAGAAAAUUCUGGUUGUUUUCAGGCUGAAGAGAACAUUGAUCCUCAUCCAUGAGGGGAAGAUGAGGCAGAAGACAGACCACCAGAUGGUCUGUGUGGGAAAGGGACAUACAAAAUGGGCAGAGUCCCUUUAUGGGAGAGGGAGGGUGGGUUUUUUUUUUCUCUAUUUACCAAUUGAGUUUCUAAUUAUUUUUAAAGCAUAAUCAGUUUAUUGGAAAUGAUGCUACAGAAGCAAACUGUCACAUCCCACUUUGGGUGUGAUAACAAGUAUUCACUGGCCCCUGCUUGCCCCAAGCUAUUUCAUGUGGCAAGCUGACUUCAAUGGACAUAUUUUCAGGGGACUUUUGGCCAAAAUAAAAAAUGCCACAUAAGUUUGCAAUAUGGAAAAAGUUAUUCACACCAUGUCCUUUUCCCAAAUUCUGGGGUCUUAAUCUUGAUUUAUUCCCACCUCCCUUCUGUAGCCCUAUAACCCUGUUACAUUGGGUAACAUAUGUGAAAUAGAUAUCCAAUUGUGAGAAAUUAAUAUCUGCUCAAAAUAAGGUACA